UCUCCUUAGUUUAAUAUUCUUGCGCAAGCGUGUUGCCUGUGAGUAAAACAAGAGCAACGCCUGAAACAUGUCAGAAAAAAGUGACGUUGAUUUAACAGGUGCUAAGCUGAACACGGGUGUGUGGCUUGUGAAGGUACCCAAAUACCUGGCACAGCAAUGGGCAAAAGCAACGGGCAGAGGCGAGGUCGGGAAGCUCCGAAUCAUCAAGAAAGGAAAUCUGGGAAAACCAGAGGUGUCCUUCACUUUGAACGAAGAGCUGACCAUCAUUGAAGGUAUAGAGGAUAAGACGGUGUCUGCGCCGCGUGAUCAUCCUUUCACCAUGCAGUCAGUGGGAGGACAGAUGCUGGCCGUCUUCACAGAGAGUUCAUCUGGCCAGUCAGAAGAAAGAUCUGAUGGCAGCAGCUCAGGGGCGGGGUCAGGUCCAGAUAAAAUCGCCUUGGAGGGAGUUGUGGUUCAGAGAGCGGAGUGCAGACCUGCGGUCAGUGAAAGCUACAUGAAAUUGAAGAGGUUACAAAUUGAGGAGUCCUCCAAACCAUCCAGGCUCUCGCAGCAGUUGUCAAAACCUGUCACCAACUACAAACCUGUGGCCAACCAUGAGUACAAUCGCGAGUACGAGAAGAAGAAGAAAGAGGAAGGCAAGAGGGCGAGAGCUGACAAACAGCAGGUUUUGGAAAUGCUGUUCUCUGCUUUUGAGAAGCACCAGUACUACAACAUCAAAGACCUGGUGGAUAUCACUAAACAGCCAGUGAUCUACCUUAAAGAAAUCCUGCGUGACAUUGGCAUCUACAACGUGAAGGGAACCCACAAGAACACCUGGGAGCUCAAACCAGAAUACAGGCAUUACCAGCCUGGAGAAAAGACUGAUGAAUAGAGACACGAUUGUACUUUUAGCUGUACCUCAGAUAUGAAUUCCCUCUCCAGAUUUUCCCAAAAUAAGGUUUUAAAAUGUACGAGAUCAAGCCAGGUCAAAAGGACUCACUGUUUGGCAUUUCCAACAAUUUUUUAGUUUCUGCUCAUCUUCCUGGUAACUGGAUUUCAUUUUUUGUCUUUAUCAUGGGCAUCAAAAAUAUUUUAGUCAGACUUUUCCUUUAGUUAUAUAUAUACAAUGGGGGUAUUUUGUGGGUGGGGGGGGGCACACAUGAUGGCAUGUUUUAUGUUAAAAAUCAUUCCGAUGGUUUGAGCUACUUUGACUCGAUCACAAUGGAAUUCAGCUUUUAAGACCUGUUGCUGUAUAUAUGAAUUUUUACUGAUGUUUCCUUUGAAUAAUUGCAAUAAAAUGUUUUUAUUGGAC